AUGCCUCCCGAACCACCAAUCGACGAAGAGGACUAUGCAUCGUCAGAAGACUCCGAUUUUGCCCCCGAAGACGCACCGGAGCACGUCUCGUCUGCAGAGUCAGACGACGAAGCGGAAGCGGCUCAGGGUGAUGGCAAACAGACUGCCACAACGCCGAAGCGACGACGAGACGGAGCUGCAGACGACGAUGCCGAGGCCGAGGAUGCCGGAUUUGAGAACUCCGGAGACGAGGCCGUGAUUGGCAAGGGGAAGAAGAAGCGGCGCCGACGGGACAAGGGCCGGCAGGAGAGCGACGACGAGGGUGGCGGGACCGGAGGCUUUGUCAAGACCCGAAGACAGCGUGCAAAUGAGAAAGCGGAGCGUCGGGCGGCAACGGUCCGCGGGCCGGUGACGGUGGACGUGGAAGCGCUCUGGGCGCAGAUGACGGCCGGUCCGGAGCAGCAGACCGACACGACGACGGGCAGCGGAGAGGGCAGUGGGCUGCAAGACAGCGUGCACACGGAAGAGAAGCUGGUGGCGCGCGACUCGGCCGAGGCGAAGCUGUACCUGUCGUCGCUGGACGGGCAGGACGUUGUUGGCGUUGCGGCGGCGACGGCGAAUGGCACCCAGGACACCCAUGGUGACGGUCCCGAACGGCUGCCACCACGCAAAGCUUUCCGCUCGGCCUUUGAGCCGGUGAUCGCCGUGCCGCAGUCUGGCCGUGCCGACCUCGACCUCGGCAUGCGCGCCCGGCUGCUGGCCCGCGAAAAGGCUGCCGCCCAGGAAAAGGCCCGGAAGCUCAACACGGUCGAGAUGAGCCGGAUGGACUGGGCCGGCUUCGUCGAUAAGGAGGGCAUCCAGGACGAGCUCGCACUCGCCGGCCGCGCCAAGGGUUCGUAUGCAGACCGCCAACUGUUCUUGGCCCGCAGCGAGGCCAUUCGCGAGGACGAGGCCCGACGCGCCCGGCUGGGCGGAAAGGUGUGA